CGACCGUCUGGACUCAUCGACUUGGGCGGAUUCCAAGCCAUAAAACAAAUGGCUAAAAUUUGUCCGAAUUUGAAUAAAUCGAUCAAAUUCAGGGUCUGAACCAUCGCUGCCCCGGCCAGGUUUACCCGAAAGAGACACUCGUAUACCUCAGCAGCAGCAAAUUUCUUUCUUAGGAGUCAGUCAGUACAGUAAAAGAAGGAAAAACCCCAAACAUCAGAACUCACAAUUUCCCCAAUUGGUACUGCCAUCAUCACAUAAUCAGAAAUCCAAAAUGGAACCCAAAUUGAAAAUAAAAAUCGAGCAAACAGUUAGGGAAAUCCUCCAAGAAUCUGACAUGGAAUCCACCACGGAGUACCAGAUUCGGAAGAUGGCCUCCAAGAAGCUCGACCUCAACCUCGAUAUAUCCGAAUACAGGGCCUUUGUACGCCACGUUGUCAAUACUUUCCUAGAAGAGCAGAGAGCCAAAGAGGAAGAAGGAGAUAAGAGCAAGGAACAAGAGUUCGAUGAAGACGGUGACCUUAUCGUUUGCAAGCUAUCGGAUAAGAGGAAGGUGACGAUUCAGAACUUCAGGGGAACAACCUUGGUAUCAAUAAGGGAAUUCUACAAGAAAGAUGGGAAAGAGCUUCCUACUUCUAAAGGGAUAAGUCUGAAGGAGGAGCAAUGGUCAGCCUUAAAGAAGAACAUCCCUGCCAUAGAGAAAGCCAUAAGGAAGAUGGAAGACAGGGUUUGAUAAGAGGUGCGGCUUAUGUGUGGGUGUAUUGGUAUUGAAACUUUGGACUCUCUUGGGGAUGAUACCAUAUUUGAACCUUGAUUUUGCUGCUGGUCGUAAAGUGGCAUGACACAGCAAAGCAGACAUAUGAUGCUGCUUUCUUAGUUUUGUCAUGCCUCAAGAGGAUAUUAUGACUACUGCUGGUAUGUUCUUGGAAAGACAACCUCGAAUGAGCUAAUCUUUAUUCUCUGUUUUCAUUUCUUUUUAAACUUA